CGCUGGCUAGUUGUUGUUUCCCAGGACACGGACCCACUCACCUUGCGGAACCCAGAGCUGCCACAAACUUCUGCCCAAAGGCUUUUUAUCGUCCUCGUCUUGGCGGCCCAUGUACUCCAUCGGCGACAUAGAUCUUAAUGGCUAGUCCGAGUGAGCUUUCAAUCGAGGAACAUUAUGUCAUCCAGGAAUUGCUCAACAGACGCACUGCUCGCGAAUGGAGUGAAAUUUUCUCCCGCAUCGAUUCAUCUCAUACCAUCUACACUCAGCUCUCCAGGCCGGAGUCUUUAAUUUCGGUCCCAUCGCUGAGAUCCGAUUCAUCUCUGUCAGGGCGGUACCCUGCAUCUAGUGCCUCGAGUGUCCCAUCGUUUCGCCAGAGCUGCGACACAAGUGGUAGUGCUACAUCGUACGCUUCACAAAGCCUACACAAAUUACAUCCUCAACAUCCCUUUCCCCUCAAUCCAGGCUCUGAUCGGUUUGGCCCUAAGAUCAUCCUAAACGGUUCUCUUCCCUACAACGGAACCUCAGCGCUUCCAGCAACUGCCGCUCUAAGCCAAAGACCACUUGGAUACGAAGAUAUCUUAUGCUCCAGGGAAUUCAAGAAGCCAAGUGAACCGACUACGAUGCUCUUAUUCUGCACAUUUUGUGCUGAGCAAGGACUUCGAAAAACUUUCAAAAAGAAGGCGGACUGGAAAAAACAUGAAAGUGUCUUUCAUGAGACAGGGAAGGAGUGGCAAUGUGAGGCUCCUCGAUGCUUCCGAAUUUUCGGCCGUGAGAUAGAUUUCAGCAAGCAUCAAAAAGAACACCCGGAGGCUUCAUCUCCCUGCAAGCAACUUCCAGAGAAGGUGGCAUUUGGCUGUGGAUUCAACAGCUGUGGAUAUGUGGCGUACCACUGGAACGACCGUUGCAAUCACGUUGCCACAUGCCAGUCUUUUUUGGAAGGCGAAGAGUGGGAAUACUCAACAAAGAUUCGAAACCUUUUGGCACAAAAGUCAAUUCGUGAUGAGUGGAAGACAAUUCGCAAUGAGACCUGUUCUAGGUUACAUAUAGAUCACAAAAGCUUGCGAUGGACUCCAGAGACCUCCACAGCACUUAGAAGGCAGCUCGAGUGCAACCAGUUUGGCUCUCUGAAUCGCUUCUUGUUGGAGGCCGUCGAGCUUGGACAAGGCGCAUUGCUGUUGACAGACACUUUUGUUCCACCUAAAGCUCAAUCUACUACAGAACGACAAACACCAGAUGCCCUAGGCUCUCAUGCGCAGUUCGCCACCAUUGGUCACCAUAAUCAAGGUAGCUUUGAACCAGAUCCAUUCCUUCUACAAGAGGUGGACAUUACGCAGCACACCAACCUUGACACGCCCUUAACUUCAUAUUACACGGACAAUAUACGCGGUAAUGGAGCACCGACGCAUUCCCCUCCUCCCAACACCGAACCUUCUUGCAAUCGGAUGAGCUACGUAAUGGACGAAAAUGCCUCCCUCCUUUUUGGGCAACCGCCGACCACAUUGGAAACAUCAACUUCCCAGAGUCCGGCCACCGAACUCCAGGAUCGCCAACGUUUGACGAUAUGUCCGUCAUUACCCCAGGGCCGCCUUCUUAUAUGCCCGCCGAACAAUAUCCCUCGUGGGUCAAGUCUUUAGAGCAUCAGCAAUCAACCGAGCAGUCAACCCAGCGGUCAACUCCCACCCGACGACUCGCCAAGCGAGUCAAGAG